UGUAUGCUGCCAGGCCUGAGGAGCCCGAUCCACGGGGAUCAACCUCAUACAGUCGCAAGUGUUCCAACACCAUGAGUGACCAGGCUGAGGAUGUGAACUUAUUAACUCAUCAAGGAGUGUCAGAGGCCCCAAAAGAGGAGGAUGUACCCAGUGCACCACACUUCAGGGAACAACUUUUUGAUGACUCGUCCUUUGAAGAUGUCAAGAAGUGCUACAGAGGAUCUAGCUCCCGGCCGUCGAGAGACAAAAGUAGGCUGCAGGGAAGCUGUAUGCAGGAGUUCAUCUCUCUUCCGCCGGCAUCCUCUUCUUCCCAGGGAGGCAGCAAGUACAACUCUCAGUACCACAAACUCUUUCAGAACGUCCCCAAGGAGGAGAUCCUAAUGAAGGUGUACUCAUGUGCUCUGCUGAGAGACAUCCUGCUGCAAGGCCGACUCUACAUCUCUAAAAACUGGCUGUGUUUCUACGCCAAUCUUUUUGGCAAAGACAUCAAGGUGGCAAUUCCUGUGGUGUCAGUUCGGCUGGUGAAAAAGCACAAGACAGCGGGUCUCGUCCCCAAUGGCCUGAUUAUAACUACAGACAGCAGUCAAAAGUAUGUGUUUGUGUCUUUGCUGUCCAGAGACAGUGUGUAUGAUGUACUGCGACAGAUCUGCACACACUUGCAGGUAAAUGGCAAGAAGACUCUCAGCUUUAAGCAGUACAUGGAGGAGCCUAAUUAUUUAUCUCUGGAUGAGUUUCCGGUUCCUGACGAGUACCCAGUAGCCGUGACUGAGUUUACACCAGUGCUGAAGUGGAGGAGAAAACCUUCAGUAGCAUCUGUGUCCUCCUCACUACCUGAUCUACUGGGAAACUCCACCAGCAGCCUGAGUGCUGUGGACACUUCGUUUCAGUCCAGUGAGCCUCUGCAGGAAAGAGCUCUAGAAGCCGAAAAGAUCCUUCUCACAGAUCCUGUACCAGAACUGGGGCAGAUGGAAUACCAGCUGCUAAAGUUCUUCAUCCUGCUAAUUAUCCUUCUCAUCCUGUCGUCCUGUUACUUGGCAUUUCGAGUGUGUAGUCUGGAACAGCAGCUUUCAUUUCUCAGCAGUAGAGCAGCACUUCACCUGCACGAAAGGUGA